CUUCUUGUCGCGAUCAAUCUAUCAAGCAUGCAAGACAUUCUCAGCCUCCUAAAGCUGGCUGCCACCGUCCUCGUACCCGCUGUGACGGUAAAGGCACAAUGUCCCGACUACUCAAUCUACUCACAGCAACGGCACGAGCCUUUCUCCACUGGAAAGUAUAGUUUGCCAUACAUGAGGCCAGAGCCAGCAUGCAGGAUGUUUAACUCUUCAGAUGUCGAGGAUGCGAUUGUAGCUAUGAAGGACGUGAUCAAGGAUCCGGAUCUGUAUCGCCUUUUCGAGAACAGUUUUCCGAAUAGUCUUGACACGGCUGUGAAGUGGAAGGGGGUUAGUGCGAGUAAUGCAGAGGAAGAGUUGACGUUCUUGAUCACGGGGGAUAUAAAUGCAAUGUGGCUCCGCGAUUCCGCAAACCAGAUGCAAUCAUACCUCACGCUCCUCAAACCCAACACCUCCACCUCCAGUCUCGCCUCUCUCUAUCGCGGUGUUAUAAACCUGCAAGCACGGUAUAUCCUCUCCGCCCCGCACUGCAACUCCUUCCAACCACCCAUCGAAUCCGGGCUCUCACCAACCAGGAAUCAAGAACUACCGGACAACUUCACGCCACCCAUCUCAAACGCCACCGUCUUCGAAUGCAAAUACGAGCUCGACUCUCUGGCCGCCUUCCUCGAAAUCUCAACCAACUAUUACCAGGCGACGGGGGAUGUGGCGUUCUUUGCGAGGUUCGAGUGGGUGCGUGCUGUGCAGAUAAUCUUGGAGACGACGGAGGCGUUGUUAGUGGGUAUGUAUGCGAGUAAUGGGUCUGUGAAUGCGGUACCAUAUACGUGGAUGCGGACUACGACGAGUGGGACGGAGACGCUGAGUAAUAGUGGGAGGGGGAAUCCGGUGCAGGAUGGCACUGGACUGGUGAGGAGCGCGUUUCGACCGAGUGAUGAUGCUACCAUCUAUCAACUCUUCAUCCCAGCAAACAUGAUGUUCUCCCGGUAUCUCGACUCCGCAUCCGAGAUCAUGGCCGCGAUAGGCGGACAACGGAAUCUAGCAAACCACAUGCACAACUUCUCCCAAAGCAUCCGCCGUGCAGUCACCCAGCACGGAAUCGUAAACGACCCUACAUAUGGCCAAGUCUACGCUUUUGAAGUUGAUGGAUUUGGUUCUGCGAACAGAAUGGACGACGCAAACAUCCCCUCCCUCCUCAGCGCGCCAUUCAUAGGCUACCUAAACGCCACAGACGCCGUGUAUCAAAACACAAGACGCUUCAUCCUCAGCAAAGAUAACCCCUAUUACAUGCGUGGGCCGGUUAUAAACGCGGUCGGCGGCCCACACGUCUCCUUCGGCUACGCGUGGCCCAUGGCCAGCAUCGUGCGCAUCUUCACGACCUCCUCCGCUUCCGAAAUCCAGACCACGCUCACAGAGCUCGUCAGUUCGACGGCUGGACUGGGGCUGAUUCACGAGAGUAUUAAUUGUUUUGAUGAAGGGGAUUGGACGAGGCAGUGGUUUAGCUGGGCGAAUGGGUUGUUUGGGCAGUGUUUGCUUGAUUUGAAGGAGAGGGUGCCUGGGGUGCUUGGGGCUAGUUAUCAGUGAGUAAGAGUCACAAGAUGGCAUCGAGAAGUGAGGAAAAUGCGGGGCAAAGGGAAGGGGCAGUAAGAACAUAGCGGCUGUAAUGAGAGCUUGUAAACAAAACUCUUCGCAUAUCCGGUUCGAAGUCCAGUAGCUGCGAAGCAUGUAGGACUCGAGCAAGUCUCCUGGGUAGUAAUAUACAAAUAUCCCACGUUUGAC